CUGAGAGAGCCUGCAGGAUGAAGGCACAACUUCUGCAGAAAAGAAGAGUUGUGUGAAAAAAGACAGGAGAGGCCUGGAACUGAGAGAGCCUAUACAAAUCCACAAGGAAAACACACUUGAGAAUGUUUGCCUUCAGUAGCAAAUGUAUGUCAUUAUGAGCAAUUAUUUCCAGAGUUCUUUAAUUAAUGAUCCUGCAGUUACCAUCUUCGUACUUUGCACCCUUGCUUUCUUUCAACCAAGUUCAUGUGUACUACAAAAUGAGAUUAAAUAUGACAUAUGGAAAGCAGUGAUGGACGAUUUGAACCUCACCAUUGAAGCACUCCCUACUAAGAUUGAUGCUACUUUAUAUACUGCAGACUUAAAAGAUUUUAGUGGCUGUAAUUUAUCGGUGGUGAAAUGCUUUCAGCUUGAGAUGCAAGUAAUUUCGUAUGAAUAUAAAUUUGAAAAUGAUACAAAGUUACAGAACAAAGUAGAUAACAUAAUCGAUAAUGUUAAAUACCUUUUGGAAAAUGACAAACAGGAAACAAAAACAUCCAAGUGGCAGCAGUGUGAAACAUUUGCAGAAAAAAACUGCACAGAUUUUUUAAAGAACUUCAAAACUUUUGCACAAAUGUGCUACACAGAGUUAAAAGCCAAAUGAGAUUUCACUGUAGCAGGAAGGAAUAACUUAUUGCCUCCUAGAAUUGAAGAACUAGGAAAAUAGAACAGGGUCAACGUAGAACAGGUGGUGGUAAGUUAACACCAUUACAAACUUGGCAAGAAUCCUGCAAUUGAAUCCUGCAGUAUACCUUAAAAAAAGAUUACCCAUUUACAAAAUAGGGCUAACAUUGAGCCUCUUUAUAUUUGGCUUCUACAAUGUGGAUUCUGGAGUCCUUAACAAGCCAUUGUAACUUAAAAUUCCUAGGAAGCUUGAAAGGACCAUAUGGUGCAGAAGGAGAAGAGAGUGUGAACCACACGAAACAGCCUGUGAUGCAUUGUUAGCCUAUGUGUAGGGAACCUUGGCCCUCCAGAUGAUGUUGAACUACAACUCCCAUCAUACUUUGUGAUUGGCCAUGCUUGCUGGGGCUGACAGGCACUGCAGUGCAGAAACAUCUGGAGGGCCAAAGGUUCCCCCAUUCUGGGGUAGAUGGUGUUAGAUGGAUACACGUUACAGAGCAGAAAAGUAGCCGUGUGUAAGGGGGGGCUGAGUACUUAAUACCUCCCAUCAUAUGUUUUCUGUGGCCCCCUGUCUCAUUAGUUCUGUGGAUUUUUAAAUUUAUUUUGUGCUGUUUCGUAUCAACUUUAUGUGAAGGUGAUUGCUCUUGAGGUGGACACUCUUAUCAAGGGUGAGGGUUAUCAAGUAGAAGGAAUAACUUUAAAGGAACCAAAUGACUUCAUAAAGAGCCUCUCCUGCAUUUUAAACAACUGGGACAUCUGUUUGAUAGUUAAUAAUAUCUGAGUUUCACAUUUUUAUGGUCACACUCGGAUUAAUAGUUUGAGAAAAUAUGAUAUCCUUGUAAAUGGGGAGAUGAGUGAGAGAUUCCAGUCACAUUAUAUUCUCCUCAAAUGCAGGAACAAGCCUUGUUGAGCUGUGAAUGGUCUCUCAUUGGCACUUAGCUAUCAACAUGGUCAAUUAAGCAAACUUAGCCACUGUGGAAAGAGUGGUUGUUUGCCCAUUAAACAAGAAGCCCAGUUAUUCAGAAGUAGGAAUGAAGGGCAAAAAUGAACUCUUAACAACCUUAGCUCCUCAAAGAUCUGCCUGAGGCCAAAUUAUUAGAUGUUAGCCACCUAACAAUCAAUUUUUCAUUUUUGAUAACAUAAUCAGCUUGCAGACUUGGCAAAUUUUCUAAAGAGACGAUGGUUAUUCAAUCUUCUUUCUCCUAUAUUUAGCCCUUAUGAGUGUCCUUGAGUACCAUAUUUGCUGCAUAGCAGAACAUACAUCAACCUUACAAUUAACUAGAAGUCACAUUUCUUCCAGCCUUUGAGAUUGCUGAUGGUGCUAUUGCAAAUAUUCGUAGUUUGCCCAGACUUUUUCAUCUUUCCAAUUAAUAAGAAAAAUAUCCUUUGUAUUAUGAAUGUAAAUAUAUUUAAUAAAGGUGAACCAUGGGCCAGGCUACAACCCCA